GAAAGGUUGUCAAUAAAAUAAAAACUAAAGAAAGGGUGGUCAAAACCCUAGAAAUUCAUGAAUCUAAAUUGCAGAGACACCAUAAUAUCGCAGUCCCAUCGUCAUCUCUCUCAAUUCAAAAGAUCAAGUAUGGCAGGUCAGAGGAACAGUUAUGGAAAGCGCUCUCAUUCUCAGUCGGAUUACGCCGAUAACGGAGGAGGAGGAAACAAAAGGAGAAAUCCAGGUGAAGAAAGAGAGCAAUUCAUCAUCGAUGCGGAGGACACCGUGUAUCGGUACUUGUGCCCGGUGAAGAAGAUUGGUAGCAUAAUCGGGAGAGGAGGAGAGAUUGUGAAGCAGCUGAGGGUGGACACAAAGUCCAAGAUUAGAAUCGGCGAAACGGUGCCGGGUUGCGAGGAGCGAGUUGUUACUGUGUACAGCGCCAGCGACGAGACGAAUGGGUUUGAAGAUGGUGGUGCUUAUGUUGCUCCUGCUCAGGACGCGUUGUUCAGGGUCCAUGAGAGGGUCAUAGCUGAGGACCUGCAUAACGAUGAGGACGCGGACGGUGGAAGCCACCAUGUUAUUGCUCGGCUUCUUGUGCCGUCUGAUCAGAUUGGUUGCAUUAUUGGCAAAGGUGGGCAGAUAGUUCAGAACAUUCGUAGUGAAACGGGUGCCCAGAUUCGCAUUCUGAAGGACGACCAUUUGCCUGCUUGUGCCUUGAACUCGGAUGAGCUUGUACAGAUAUCUGGGGAGGCUCCUCUUGUUAAGAAGGCUCUUUUUCAAAUAGCAUCUCGCCUUCAUGAUAACCCAUCACGAUCUCAGCAUUUGCUUACAUCUGCGGUGCCUAUGUACACUUCUGGUGGUUCGCUCAUGGGUCCAUCUGGUGGUCCACCGAUAGUGGGAAUAGCUCCAUUGAUGGGUCCUUAUGGAGGGUAUAAAGGUGAUGUUGGAGACUGGUCACGCUCCUUGUACUCGGCUCCAAGAGAUGAUGCUUCUUCAAAAGAAUUUUCUAUUCGCUUGGUUUGUCCAACUGCUAAUAUUGGAGGUGUGAUUGGGAAGGGUGGUGUCAUAAUUAAUCAAAUCAGACAGGAUUCUGGGGCUGUCAUUAAAGUUGAUAGUUCAACAUCUGAAGGAGAUGAUUGCUUAAUUACUGUAUCAGCAAAGGAGUUCUUUGAAGACCCAUACUCGGCAACUGUAGAAGCAGCAGUGCGUUUGCAACCCAGAUGCAGCGAGAAAGUAGAAAGAGAUUCAGGAAUUAUCUCAUUUACAACCCGCCUUCUUGUUCCAACAUCACGAAUUGGCUGCUUAAUUGGUAAAGGAGGAGCGAUUGUAACUGAGAUGAGGAGAAUUACUAAAGCUAAUAUUCGCAUACUUUCUAAGGAAAGUCUGCCCAAAAUCGCAUCUGAAGAUGAUGAGAUGGUGCAGAUUUCUGGAGAUCUUGAUAUUGCUAAGGACGCUCUUAUACAAGUAGUUACCCGAUUAAGAGCAAACCUUUUUGACAGGGAAGGUGCAGGGUCUGCGUUCCUGCCAGUUUUGCCUUAUCUUCCUGUGUCAGCAGAUGGUUCAGAUGGUCCAAAUUAUGACAGUAGAGAUGGUAAAAGACAUGGGCGUGGGCAUUCUUACUCUGCCGGCUAUGGUGGCUCAAGUGAUUUUGCAACAAAUGACAGUUAUGGAAGUUAUGGUGGUUCACAGAUUGGUGGUAGCGGCAGCGCUUAUGGAGCCUAUGGAGCUUAUUCUUCUGGACGGAGUGGUAGUUCUGGGUUAUCUAGCCAGAACCCUGUUUCUCGGAGGAGAAACUAUGGUUACUAAUAUUUGAUGAUGGUACCAGCAGCUGAGUUCUAUGAAGCCUGAAGCCAGCCUACUGUCUGCCUAAACCGGAAGAUGAACCAGCAUAUGACAUAGUCAUGGCCCACCUUGACGCUUCUACUUAAAUGUCCAAGAAACCAAAAUUCCCAAGCUUCCCUAGAACCUAUAUAUCCAGCAUUUCCCAUGUUGCUGUUUUUCCUGAUACACUUUUAGGAUAUGAAGCCAUGUUACUUCAAUCUUGCCAAUGUACUAGUGUUUAUUACCUAUGCUUGUCAGUUAUGUAGUUGAAUUACUUUGUGGUUUUAAUUCAGAUGUUGUUGAUUAUGGAAAACUUAACCACUUUGUGAUCUAGCUGAUUGUUGUAUCAUCUGAUUGCAGGCAUUUAUUAUUUUACUUCUGUAUCAUUCGUAUUACCUUUUUGGUUUACAACAUCUGUUGUGUGUGAAUUCUAUCUGCGUCAAAAUAAAUUAUUGAGGACUACCAGUCUGAAAUUAGUUUUGAUUAAAGUGAGAAUUUGUUUAUUCACAUAUAACACAAACACACACCCACACCCACACCCACACACAUUUCAAAGUUAUUUGUAGUACCAUGUGAGCAGAAUGCGUAUGUUAUGCUAAUAGAGCAGGAUGUGUGAUUGAAGCUCAAUGUGACAACACACUUUGGGGGAAUUCUAGUAUAUUGGAGGAAUCUGUUUCCAGAGUAGCCACUACUGUGUAAGCUGUGUGCCUGGUGGUGUUCAUGUUUGAGCUUUAUUAGACACCUGGUUGUAUUUUAUUAAUCAAAUUCCAUGCUUCAAAGAUUUGCUGUUUUUGGCAAUUUUUGGUCGACUCAGAAUUCAAUUGCAAAUUUCCUUGAAGUUAUGCUUC